AUGCACAAUGUUAGACUGUUGGUGAAUUGUGGUGUCACAGAUGAAGGUUGUGCUGCUCUGGCUUCAGCUCUGACAUCAAACCCCUCACACCUGAGAGAGCUGGAUCUGUCUGGAAAUAAAGUAGAAGAUUCAGGAGUACAGAUGCUCUCUGGUGGGCUGGAGAAUUAUUACUGCCAACUAGAAACACUGAGGCUGAUGAGUUGUGGUAUCACGGAUGAAGGUUGUGCAGCUCUUUCUUCAGCUUUGACAUCAAACCCCACACACCUGAGAUGGCUGGAUCUGUCUAAAAAUAAACUAUCAGACUCAGGAAUUAACCUGCUCUCUACUGGACUGAGCAAUCCUCACUGUAAACUGGAGAUGCUUGGGCUGCAUGAUUGUGAUGUCACAGAUGAAGGUUGUGCUGCUCUGGCUUCAGCUCUCAGAUCAAACCCCUCAUAUCUUAAAGAACUGGAUCUGUCUGAUAAUAAACUAGGAGAUUUAGGAGUGAAGCUUCUAAGUAUUGGACUGGAGGACUGUAAACUGGAGAUACUUAAGUAA